AUGAACCAGACGGCAGAAAUUGUGAGAUCCAGCUGGGGCAAGAUCGAUUUGACAAGAGUUCUGAACACUCGUAAGUUUGACUUCGGUGAGCUUCAGAAAAUGCCGGGUUGGAUACAGGAGCUGCGUGGGAACCAUGUGCCCGAGACUGAGGAAUACAACAUCUCCAGCUUGGUUUUCCGUUCCUUAAAACCCUUCCAUCCACAUCGCUUGGACAAGGUGUUGAGAGAGGGCUUUGAUGAUUUGCUGCGCUCGAAAGGCUUGCUCUGGGUCGCAGGAAGUAAUGCCGCCAUGGUUUGGGCGCAAGCUGGGGGUGCAGUAGACCUUCAAUCUGGCAACUGGCUUCAUGGAAACGUGGAUCCCAGUGAGUGGCCGGCGCACCUCGAGCAGUACAAGGCCAACCGCUACGGAGACAAACGAGUAGAGUUGGUCUUCAUUGCACAGAACCUCAACAAGGCAGAUCUGACGAAGCGCCUUGAAGAUGCCCUGGUUACGGAGGAAGAGUAUCAGCUAGGUGAAGAAGGUUGGGCGCAGUUCAUUGGUGAAUCUUAG